CAUGUCGACUUCAAUUUACUUUAAUUCUUGUAAACUUAUUUCAUGUUUUGACAGUGAAAAAUGGACAAAGAACCGCGCCUGACUCUGCUCCUGCUGCUGCUUCUCUGUCACAAUGGCAACACAGAGUCACAAUACUCUUGUCCAUACAGAUGCCAGUGUUUCACUCCGGUCCAAGUACUGUGUGCUGAUGAACGGAUGACAUCCUUACCCAGUAACAUGUCCAAGCAGGUCAAGGACUUUAUCAUAAUGACAUCAGCCGUGGCGUACCUGUUCCCGCAUACCUUAGAGGAGAGCCCCCAGCUCAACAAGCUUAUCUUUUUAAACAAUGCCCUGCGAAGCAUUCACGCUCAGGCUUUUGAGCCUCUGACUGAGCUGCAGGAGCUGGAGAUCAGUGGGAACCCCUGGCUGGAGCACUUAUUUGUGGGGACAUUUUCGAAGCAGGGAAACCUGACGAAACUGCUGCUCAACUACAACAGGUUUGAAACCAUGCUUCAUGGCAUGUUUGACUCCCUUAAAAAUCUACAGACUCUGCAGAUGAAGGGCAACAUCCUAUCAAAUUUGCCCACAUUUCUUUUCCUGAACCUGCACAAUCUGCGCAUCCUGGAUUUGUCCCAAAAUAAGCUUGAAGAGGUGAAAAGAGAGACUUUUUCUGGUCUGGUUAGACUGGAGAUCCUGAAAAUUAACAACAACCUCAUAAGCAAUAUUUCGUCAAACACAUUCGACAACAUUUCUCAGCUGAUAGAGCUUAACUUGGAGGGGAACAAGAUAUCAGAACUUGCUGACAAUAUCUUCUCUGUGUUAACCAAACUGAGGGUGCUGAACCUCCGUGGAAACCUUCUUACAACCUUCAGCGAUAAAGUGUUUGGAUUCGAGGCUUCAAAUUUAAAGGAGCUGAACCUGAAAGGCAACAGGCUGACACAGCUGUCCUCUCUAAGCAGUUUGACGUCUCUUACUGACCUUAUCUUGUCCUCCAAUGAGCUCACAAACCUUCCUGAGGACAUUUUCACAAAUGUUACAGCCCUGGAGAAUCUGGACCUCUCUGAAAACCAGCUCACCUCGCUGCCAGAAAUGAUCUUCAUUGAUCUCCUUGGCAUCAAGGCGAUCCACCUCCAAAAGAACAACCUGAGCAAGCUGGACGCCAAACUGUUUGAGGACCAGAUGCUCAUUCAGCAGCUCUACCUGUCUGACAACCAGCUGGAGAGUCUCCCACUGGGCCUCUUGGACCCGUUUGUCCUCCAGAGCACAGUGAGACUGCACGGGAACCCCUGGAAAUGUGACUGCCACUUGUGGUAUCUGCAUGACUGGGUGCUGAAAAACAGCCAAGACGUCGAGAUGCUGGACAGGAUGCUCUGCGAGAGCCCAGGCUUUCUGAGGAAACGGACAGUCAUCUCCAUUGACAAGGACCAGCUGGUGUGUCAGGUGUCUAAAGAUGAGAUGUCUGAUCUCAGCAGCUGCAGCCUGCAAGUUUCCAGUGACACCAUGACCAUCAAGUGUAAAGUGGAUAAAUGUUCUCCACUGACUGUGAAAGUACAGUUUCAGGAGGAUGAUGGUAGUGUUGAGGAGCAUAUUUUGAAGAGUGAGUUGGCUGAACAUUUUCAAUGCAACAACGAGACAACGAUUGAGAGUCCCAUUGAGUAGAUUUCCACUUUUAUCCAAAUUUAUCAGAAUUUAUUCACGUGCAUUUAGUCUUUCCUCAUACUAAGAGUCGCAUUAUAUGUUCUGACUGUCAGAGUCAAUACUGUAAACAAACCUCUAACUCAGCAGCUGAUAACCAGUAAACAUGAAUGCUGCUGAAUGAUAACAGGGGUGAAUGAACCUUUUCUUGCAAGGUUCAAAGUUCAACUCACUACUUUUUAAGAUCCUGUCAGCGCUAAAAGGAACUGUGAGUAACAUGUUAAUCAUCUGCCAACAUAUGUUUAGACUGUAGUGUGUUUAAUGCCCAGAAGACACCUCUGGUUCUCCUCUUUAUGUACACAGUAGACUAGACUGUCCACAGCCUUCUUGAUAACAAGUAGGUCGCAGAGGACACUGAAGUAUCAUCAAGAC